AGGGGAGGAGGAGCCCGAGCCCGAGCGGAGCCGAGCUGAGCCGGAGCGAGCCCAGCCCAAGCCUGGAGCCGGAGCGGCCAGAGUCGGGCUCCCCGCGGGUUCCAGGCGGAGGCGGAGGCGGAGGCGGCUGCCGUGCCAUGGCCGGUCCCCGGGCCGCGCUCCUGGCCUGGUGCCGCCAGCAGUGCCGCGGCUACCCCGGCGUGGAGAUCCGGGACCUGAGCGGCUCCUUCCGGGACGGCCUGGCCUUCUGCGCGCUGCUGCACCGGCACCGGCCCGAGCUGCUAGAUUUCGACUCUCUCUCCAAGGACAAUGUCUAUGAAAAUAACCGCCUGGCCUUUGAGGUGGCGGAGCGGGAGCUGGGUAUCCCGGCCCUGCUGGAUCCCAACGAUAUGGUCUCCAUGAGUGUUCCUGACUGCCUUAGCAUCAUGACCUAUGUGUCUCAGUAUUACAACCAUUUUACCAACUCCGGCCAAACCAGUGCCUCUCCACCCAGGAAAUACCCAGCAGCUCCUCCCUCUCCCUCCCCUGAAGCAGCUCCCAAGACCGACGCUGAAGGUAGCAGGGUCCAGGAGGAGCAGGGGGCAGCCCCAGAAAGCCUGGCAGAGCAGGGCUCCCGUGGCAUCCCCAGCAGCUCCUGUACGGCCUGUCAACAGCAUGUCCACCUGGUGCAGCGGUACCUGGUGGAGGGCAAGCUUUAUCAUCGCCAGUGCUUCAGAUGUAAGGAGUGCUCCAGCACCCUGCUUCCUGGAGCCUACAAGAAUGGGCCGGAGGCAGGCACGUUUGUGUGCACCCAGCACCGGGGCAGAUUGGGUCCCCUGGGGCGGACAGAGAGCAGGCCCAGAGCAGCCCCGCAUUACCCAAAGGUGGCAGACGGGCCAGAGGCCGCUGGCGUGGAUGAAGAUGGAGAUCCUGCUGUCUCCAGGAGGGACCCAGGGGAUCUGAAGCCUAGCUCUGAGUCCUUGCCUCAGUCCAAACCCCCGCUCCCCAGCAAGCCGCAGGAGCUGGCUUCUCCGCCGGCGGGCCGGCCAACCCCCGCCCCGAGGAAAGCCUCGGAGACAUCGGCCUCAUCUGCCAGCCCCCAGCCUGUCCCUCGGCCCCGCUCCAGUGUGCAGGGGGAAAGCCCUGGAGAGCAGGGCGGCUACCUGGUAAACGGAAGGGUGCAUGAAUCCGGCCCCCCGGUCCCCAAACCAAGAGGGACACCCAAGGCCUCAGAGCGAGCUGCCACCCCCAAGAAGAAGGACCCGCCAUGGAUCACCCUGGUGCAGACGGAGCCCAAGAAGAAGCCAGCCCCGCUCCCACCUGGCAGCCGCCCAGAGACGCCCUCACGGUCUGCCGAGGAAGAUGAGAGCCGAGCAGAGUCAAGCUCAGCUGUGGAGCCGGAGAGCCGGCCAGCCACGCGAGAGCCCAAGUCCUACAACCCUUUUGAGGAUGAGGAGGAGGACGAAGAAGCGGCAGCCCCGCCUGCCCCAGCCUCCGUGGAGCAGACCCCCAAGACUCUGCAUCCCUGGUAUGGCAUCACCCCCACCAGUAGCCCCCGCACCAAGAAGCGGCCGGCUCCAAGAGCACCCAGCUCCUCCCCCCUCGCUCUGCACCCUGCUGGCCUCCCUGGGCCUCGACUCUCGCACUCAGAGCCGCCCUCUUCGACCCCGUCGCCGGCCCUCAGCGUGGAGAGCCUUUCCUCAGAGGGCUCUGUUCCGGCCCCUGGGGAGCUGGAGCCCCCCUCAGUGCCCAAGAGCUCCUCCGAGCCCACCGUCCACGCCCCCGGGGCCCCCCCCAGCCUCUCGGCCACCUCUUCCCUCUCCUUCUCUGGAGAGAUAACCCAGCCCUGCCUGGACCAAGCCCCGCCCAGCCCCUGCACCAGCCGUACCAAGGGCGUGCCAGGCCCACAGCCUGCCAAGCCCUGCAUCGGGGCCGCCCCCACCCCGCUCCUGUUGGUCGGAGAGAGAAGCCCCCCAUCCCCGCAGCUGCAGGUGAAGUCCUCCUGUAAAGAGAACCCCUUUAAUCGGAAGGCGUCCCCCAUGUCCUCCCCAACCACGAGGAAGACCCAGAAGGGAAGCAAGCCUGUGCGACCGCCUGCCCCUGGACACGGCUUCCCCCUCAUCAAACGAAAGGUCCAAGCUGACCAGUACAUUCCAGAGGAGGAUCUCUAUGGGGAGAUGGAUGUCAUUGAGCGGCAGCUGGACCAGCUAGAGCAUCGUGGGGUGGCCCUGGAGGAGAAACUCCGCAGUGGGCAGAACGAGGGCCAUGAGGAUGACCUUCUGGUGGACUGGUUCAAGCUUAUUCAUGAGAAGCACAUGCUGGUCCGGCGGGAGUCGGAGCUCAUCUACGUCUUCAAGCAGCAGAAUCUGGAGCAGCGCCAGGCCGAUGUGGAGUAUGAGCUUCGGUGCCUUCUCAACAAGCCAGAUAAAGACUGGACAGAGGAAGAUCGAGGAAGGGAGAAGGUGCUCAUGCAGGAGCUGGUGACCCUCAUCGAGCAGCGUAACGCCAUAGUGAACUGCUUGGACGAAGACCGGCAGAGGGAAGAAGAGGAAGACAAAAUGUUGGAAGCCAUGAUCAGGAAGAAAGAGUUUCACAAGGAGGCAGAAACUGGGAUGAAGAAGAAAGGCAAAUUUAAGACCAUGAAGGUGCUGAAGCUGUUGGGAAACAAGCACGAUUCCAAGAGCAAGUCCCCCAAGGACAAGAGCUAAGAGCAGCAUGGAGACGUAUGCGCAGCUGCCUGCUGCCCGCCUCCCCGCGCCAGGCCGGGUUCAGGCCCAGAGCUGCCCUCCCUCCGAUGAUGGCGGAAGCUGCGGCUCUUCCUUUCCCCGGGGAGCUUCCAAGACCAGUGAGAGGACUUGGGAAGGGGGUCCCCAAGCAACGCCUUCUCCUUUGUCUCCAUCCUCAGGCUGAGUUGGGCCAGAGAGCUCCCCCCUUUCCCAUGGCUGUGAGUGUCCGGGAGCACAGCAGCGGGAAAGCAGACUCUAUUUAUUCAGUGGUGUUUUUAUGGUUGUUGUUAACUGUUAUUAUUUGUUAUUGACUAACUGAGCAGUCAGAGAUCUGGGGGAUGCACCCCGUUCCCCUUCUUUACUCUGCCCCACCCCUGCCUCCCUACUUCUAGAAAGGGUCAGUACUUCCCAAGCUUCUCAUGACCGAGGCAGUCGGUAGCAGUGGCUCAGCGCCUCCAUGGUGGCAGAAGUGUCCGUGUCCCUCCCCCACGCAAUACAACACACAUGCACGCACCUCCCCCCCCACCUCCUCCCCUGCAGGAGCCAUUUAUUCAAUGAUCAGAUGGGUUGAAGUUCAGUCCUGACCUGCAGAUGGGGACUGCCUCAUUGGUCUCACAGCAGAGGGAGGGAUAGGAGGGACUAUCAGGAGAUUCCUUCCCACUAUCUUGGCAGACAACAGGAAAUGGUUCUUCACAGUCAGUACCAGAAGCUCUCUUCCCUCUCCCUUCUCUUGAUGCCUUUUCACGUGUUCCUGUCCCACAGAGAGUUCCUGGCCGGAGCCCGGCUCUCACCAGUCCCUGUCAGUUGGGUCCUAAUUAAGGACCUGUCUCCAUGUGUCACAGGUGUAGCAGUGUUCAUUCCACUUUGUUAUAGGGAGGGGAGCUCCCUAGAACCGGUCCUUUGCGGAAGGGGAAGGGUCUCCUAUACUCUCAAGUUCUCAUCUUGUCCUGCUCAGCUCCUCCAGAGCCACCGUCUUCACUCAACAGCUGGGCUGGCCCAGUGACCUCUAGGGCCCUGCUGGCGCGGCCAUAGAGCUCAGUGAAAGGUCACGCUGUAUUAUCUUGGGGAUGUCUUUUCCCCAAAAUAAAUGGAACCCAAUUAAAUUUGCCACCCAGUUGAAUCCCCCUGGUGAUCUGUCCAUCAGGCUGCUUUGACCUCUGGCCUCCACUCCCCAUCACACCAUUGGGCAGCUGUGGUUGAGGGAGCUCAGUGGUGCUCAGUCCCCUCCCCCCCAUCCCGAGCUGAGAUGGCUGUACUGACUGUGCCACCCUUCCAAGUGCCUGGCAUGCCCCAAUGCCACAUCAACUAGACGUGCAUUCCUGUUGGCUACCAUUUCCUCUUUUUACCUGAGGCCAACCCUUGUUGGCCAGAGGCUCAGACUGGCACGAUUUGGAGGAAACUGGAGUCAGGGGCGAGGAGGUACCCCUGAGAUCGUUCAAACACAAGAUUUUAGGAUAUCAGAAUUGGAAGGGAAUUUGGAGGCUGUCUGAUCCUAUCCAAACCUGAUGGAGAAUCCCUGACGCGUGCUGCUCCAGCCUCCGCUGGCAGACCUCGGCAGGAGGAAGGGCUUCCUGACAUCCAGCUUAAACCUACCCCUUGCACCACUGUCUGGUGUCUGACCCCUUCAGAUGCCAGUCUCUUAGUCCUGGAAGAUGGCAUUCAUACCCCACUGCCACUCUGCCCCCAUCUUCCCAUUUCCUUCAGCCAGUUGAGAGGAAAAGCUGAUGCUCCGUAGAACAUGACUUGCUCCAGGUUCAUAUGCCCCCAGGACGUGAACCGAGGUCUGCAGAUGCCACCUCCAGAGCCUGUCCUGCCAUGCCCACCUGGUCUGGACGGACAGCUGUGCCUUCUCUGUGGCAUCCUGCUGGAGGUGUGCCAGCAGGACGCUCUUUGGACUGCCACAGCUAGGAAUCCCUGGCUGGUGUCCUAGCUCCCUGCUCAGCUGUGUGCAGUGGCUAUCAAAAGAGCCAUGGUAAUCUUGGGCUGCUUGAGAAAGGCCAGGCUUCUUGGGAAGAGGGGCUGAGCCCUGGGUAGGCCACCUUGAGAGCACGGGGGUGCUCUGGUUGGAGCGUGUCCUGAGGAGGCAGCUUCGAGGGGGAAGAGCCCAGAGUCUGAGGCAGAGGCAAAUCCCUUGAGGAAGCUGGUUAGGCUGAUUACUCAGGGCAAGGGCUGCCUUAUGGAGGUACAGUGAGACCCAUCUUGUUUGGCCCCAGAGGACAGAGCCAGGAGCUCCGGGUGCUGUGCUGUUGGCUGGCUUUGGGAAGCUGCCCCAAAGUGUAAGCAGCUGCUUUGGGGUGGUCUUCAAGCUGACUAAAUGACUCUGCUUCUGUGAUCAUGGGGUAGGGAAGAUGUUUGCAAACCUUUAAAGCUCUGACAAAGGUCAGCUAUUAGUUCCUAGCUCCCAGGCAGCUGGGGUUCUAAAAUUCUAACCCACUAACAUGAGGCUUGCCCCCUUCAGAAACCAAGCUGCUGUUUCCCCAAGACUCAGACCAAGACAGUUUUAUUGGUCUUCCACUCUUGUGGCUACAGUGACCCCAGCCCACAGCUUGUAGAUGUCAGAUGUAGGGCCUGAAGUAGGGGAGACAAAGGAGUUGGUUCCCAAGCUUCCGGCAGGAAGAAUGGGCCUACUAAGCUUCUCUAUAGCAUAGGGCCAAUGGGAUGAGACCUCCCUGCCACCACGGUCUCCUCCCCCACAGGCAGUGGUGGGUUUGGGCUGGGCAAUGUCUUGGGCUCUGGCCAGCCAUUGGGGAGUGGGGCCUCUCCAACAAGAGGGGAUCUCUGCCCUCACCAGUUGCAUGUUUGGAGGACGCAGCAGGCAAGGUGACCAACGCAGAACCUCAGCUUCAAAGGGGCAAGUUGAUGAUGACUGGCAUCUGGGCUGCCGUUACUGCCCUGGGGAUGGGGUCAGUUCCUUAAGGAGAGGCUUUGGGCAGCGCCUUCUGAAGCUCCUCGUUUCUCUUUUGGUCGAUAUCCUCCAUCUCCCGAAGUUUCUGUGGAGGGCAGGACACAAAGGAGAGUCAGGGGAGAGGAGCUGGAGCAGCUGCCUUCGCCCCUAGGCUUUGGGAUCCCUAGUGGGCCCUACCUGUGAGAUCUCAGUAAGGAUGAUUCCUCGGUACUGCUUGCCUUGUCCGAGGGCCUGCAUCUCCGCCAGGAACUCUUGCCUCUCACGGACUUCCUUCACCACUGAAGGGAAGGGAAGACUCAUUCACACACAGGAAGAUGGGGCUGGAGUCCUGUCCACCUCUUGGGGGUCUGUAAGGCCCUGCCCUGGAUUGAUUGGAGGGAGAGGAAUAACCCUCCUGGGAGAGGAAAGGCUGCGUUCUCUGGAGCCUUUGGACUUCCCAGGCCCAAGAGUCCCUCAAAGGUGAGUGAGGAUCUGGGCUGUGACACUGCAGUAGGCCAAAGGUGCAUGAGGCUCAGAGCAGGAAGGGACCUCAGAAGCCACUUGUGUGAGAGAUGGGCUGUGCCUUGCUGGAGGUGGCCCAGGAGGAAGGUGGGGAUCCCCUCAUGGGCCCUGGGCACACUCGUAGUGCCUUACAUUCUUCAAAUCUAUCUGGCUCUGGAUCCGAGGGCAGAGGCUCGGCCUGCCGAACAGACUGCUUUCUUUUCUUCUUCUCAGUGCCUUCCUUCCCGUUGGCAAAUAUGUCUUGGAGCCGCUCUUUCUCCUUCUCUAUGUCUCCUGCAGGAUCCCGAGAAGAACCCAAGUGUGGGGGAGGGAUGGGAGGACAGUACACAUCCUUGGGCUAAGUGGGCACACCUGUGCCCAGGCUCCCUUGGGGCUUUUCACUCUCAAGGGCAUCUUUCUCUCUGGGAAGGAGAGAGAGGGAAAUGGAAGGGCUCUGUGACCUGGGCACAGAUAGGGCAGCGAGCAGUGCCAAAUUGCUGGGUGAUGCUUUGGUGAUGGAGACAGGAGGAGGUCAUUUUGUGGACAGAGCAGAACUUGGAAUGGGAGGCCCACUCUCAGGAGCAGGCUCAGGGAGGGAGGGGGGAAGGACGAUGGGCACCCUCUGUCCCUGCUGAGGCAGGGUGGGGAGAGAGGAGAGCUUCGGAGCCCUGGCACUGCCCUCAGGCCCUGCUCAGUUCACCACUGUCUCUCCCAAUAAAUCUCCUUCAGACA